AAUACUACUUUACCCUUUCAGUGGUUACCACGCUUCCCUUUCACGAAUCUAGCAGUUGUCACUUGUCACCCUCUUACUCGCUACCACAACACCGCCGUAUCCACCGCCAAACAUUAGCCCACCGAGUAGUGGGAUGGAUGUAAGUGGGUGAUCAAGUUGAUGGAUCUUUAAGGGAACCAAGAUGGGCUUUUCCGCUAUUUGCAUAAAAAUGUCAGGCUUCAGAGCAGCUUUUCUUUUUCUGGUAGUACUUGUAUUGGGCUCCUUCCUGGUGGCGGAAUCAGCGGUAGGAGUGAACUGGGGUACAGUAUCUUUCCGAAAGCUGAAGCCUUCCACAGUUGUGGAUCUGUUGAAAGACAACAAGAUAGAGAAGGUGAAGCUGUUUGAUGCAGACCCAGAUGUGCUUACAGCUUUAAUAGGGAGUGGUAUUCAAGUCAUGGUUGGGAUCCCAAAUGAAAUGUUGGCUGCAAUUAGCUCCUCAACUACUGUUUCUGAUUUGUGGGUGCGCCAGAAUGUUUCCAGAUAUGUGGUUAAAGGUGGUGUUGAUAUCAGGUAUGUAGCUGUAGGAAAUGAACCAUUCCUAUCUAGUUAUUCUGCUCAAUUUCAAUCCUAUGUAAUGCCUGCCCUGCUCAAUUUACAGCAGUCUUUGGCUAAAGCAAAUCUCGCUGGUUAUGUAAAGCUAGUGGUCCCUUGCAAUGCAGAUGCCUAUGAAUCCUCCCUACCUUCUCAAGGGGCAUUUCGACCUGAGUUAACAGAAAUUAUAACUCAACUUGUUUCCUUCCUCAACUCAAAUGGUUCCCCUUUUGUUGUCAAUAUUUACCCAUUUCUUAGUCUCUAUGGGAGCACAGAUUUUCCCCAAGAUUAUGCAUUCUUUGAAGGGAGUACCCAUCCUGUUACAGAUGGGCCUAAUGUCUACUACAAUGCAUUUGAUGGGAAUUUUGAUACUUUAGUUGCUGCCCUCAACAAACUUGGAUAUGGUCAGAUGCCUAUAGUUAUUGGGGAGGUGGGUUGGCCAACUGAUGGAGCCAUCAGUGCAAACCUCACUGCCGCAAGAGCUUUCAACCAGGGACUCAUAAAUCAAGUUUUAAGUAACAAAGGAACCCCUCUUAGACCAGGUGCUCCUCCCAUGGAUAUUUAUCUUUUCAGCCUACUAGAUGAAGGGGCAAAGAGCACACUUCCAGGAAAUUUUGAAAGGCACUGGGGGAUUUUCUCCUUUGAUGGUCAGGCUAAAUAUCCACUGAACCUUGGUUUGGGCAACAAGUUAUUGAAGAAUGCUAAGAAUGUUCAGUAUCUCCCAUCUAGGUGGUGUGUGGCAGACCCAACCAGAGAUCUGUCCAGGGUGACAAACCACAUGAGAAUUGCUUGUAGUGUUGCAGAUUGCACAACACUUAGUUAUGGGGGAUCAUGCAAUGCAAUUGGAGCAAAAGGAAAUAUCUCUUAUGCUUUCAACAGUUACUAUCAGCUUCAGGAUCAGAAUGCACAAAGCUGUGAUUUCGAUGGUCUUGGCAUGGUUACAUUCCUGGAUCCAUCAGUUGGUGAUUGCAGGUUUCUUGUUGGUGUCACUGAUACAAGUUCAGGUUUUGGACCAUGUCCUUGGUGGAUUAUCAUUUGGAUCUUGAUGCUCUGGGGGAUGUGGGUCUUUCUAAUGUGAAAAGAAGUUCCCAUAAGUGGAUUUUUCCGGGUCCCCUCUUUAGAAACUAUUAGUGUUAAAAGAUUCAUAGGUGAGAGAAUACUUAGUAAUUUGGAUGUUUGUUCAAAAUGAUAGAAGGUUAUUGUGUAUGUGAUAGCAUCAUUUAGGCAAUAGUAUAAACUUACACGUAUUGAAUAGCUGGCCUCCUACUAGCCGCAGGAUUGCAAUUAAAAGUAGGCUUGGCCACGGUCGGAUUUCGGCCGGUUCUAGCUUAAAAUAUUAAAUUAAAGCAUGCAGUAUAUUUUUU